AACUUAUGUAAUGGGGUCACCUGUGUGUGGACAAAGGUAGUCUAAGGCGUGGUCUUUGGUCUCUUCACUGCUUAUACCAAUACACAGAGUCUGGUCUGUCACUUCGGUCAUACAGACCCUGUGUUUCCAGAAGGCCAUUUAAAACCGUUGGUUUGCUGGAAUAACGUACCCAACAGAAACGUUCAUCACAGAGGAACCUCAGUACAUCGCUGGCAUGGAGAACCCAGGAUUUCAUGAUAUUGAGCUAAAGGAGGAUCACGAGGUUGGAGAUGGAAGCAAACGUGUUGAAAAUGGCCAGGAAAACGGUUCCAACAAAUCAGCUAUCGGUGGGGAAAUGCAAGAAGACACUUCCACCUACAGGGAGAGAUUCGGUUGGGGGAAAUUCCGACCUGACCCCUUGCGGUUCCUGGGCACAGUGCAGGGAAUGUUGGCUCUGCUGGUCGUCAGCGCCGUGGUCCAGAGUAUGACAAUCGGUGGUUUUGUUGCAUCAACCAUCUCUACGAUCGAGAAACGAUAUCAGCUCCCAAGCUCAAGAUCAGGUCUGAUUUCAACUGUUUACGACGUGACGUUCUCCGUAGCUGCUCUUCUCCUCACCUUCUUAAUCAAGUCCAGGCGGGCGAAAGUAAUAAGUAUAGCAACAGGCACCUUCUUGCUGGGCAUCGGCUUGUUCCUGUUCAGUCUUCCUCACUUCCUGGUAGGCCUGUACAACUACGGUGAGGAGGUGAGCGUGACCUGUGACCUCUCAUCUAACAGCACAUUCACCACCUGUGUAGAAGAAGAACGGGGUCUGUCAGAGUUUCUGUACGUCUUACUUUUCGCCCAAUGCGUGAGCGCAGUCGGAUCUAUGGCUAUAGGUGUAUUUGGAAUUGAUAUCCUGGAGAGUGCUGCCCCACAUGGCUCAGGCGGUCUCUACAUUGGGAUUCAGAAUGCCUUUACUGGAGGUGCGGGGGCACUAGCGUUUAUCAUCAAUGGACAGUUUUUGAACAUUUUCAUCGACUUCAACAAACCGGGGAAUAUUCCUCCUUCAGGAGGCCCAGGGGACGCCCGUUGGCUGGGUGCCUGGUGGCUCGGGUUUCCUCCACUGGCCGCGGUGGCAAUCCUUAAUGCUCCGUGGAUUCUCGGACUGCCUGGAAAAAUAUCAGUCAAGAAGAAAGCCAUAGAUCAGGGCACCAAAAGUACAUCGGAAAACGAAAAGCAGACCGAAGCUAAAGGACUGCUGUUGGUGGUCGAUUUCUUCAAGCAACUCUGGUCUCUCGCCACCAACCGGACAUACGUGUUCAUGGUGUUCGUAGGUAUCGGUACAAACAUGUGCUAUACUGGCCUGAACACAUUCGGCAUCAAGUAUAUUGAGAACCAGUUCGCCAUGUCUGCUGGUUCUGCUUCCAUGGCUGCAGGUUUGACCACCGUUCCUGCUGGCAUCCUUGGGUCAGUGAUCGGCGGAGUCUUGAUGAAGAAGUACCGGAUGGGGGUGACCGGGGCCCUGAAGAUCACGGUGGCAGGAGUCGCCUGUAUGUUCAUACUGCCGCUGGGCUUCCUGGUGCGCUGUCCAGACACCAUCAUGGCGGGCGUAACGGUCCCUUAUGGAAACGGGUCGGCACCCCGGACGCCCGUUGUUGGUGUAGCUGAGUUAGAGUCCAUCUGUAACCAGGACUGCCCCUGUCCGUCUGCCUUCAACCCCGUAUGCGGGGAGAACGGGGUGGAGUACUUCUCGCCUUGUCUCGCGGGAUGUUGGAACGUCUCGAAGGAAGAGGGAUACACAUCGUGCUCCUGCUCUGCCGGUGAUCAACCAUUGGGUGCUCCGGACGACGCCACGUUCUCGGUAACAUCCGGGCACUGUUCUAACGGCUGCACCCUCCUUCCGCUCGCGAUGACUCUCCUGUUCCUCUUCUCGUUCGGCCUCGGUCUGGCAAACGCGCCAAGAUCGGUCAUUGUAUUGAGCUGUGUCCAGCAGAACCAGCGAUCGUUUGCUCUUGGCAUUCAAUCUGUAGUUCGAACAGUCCUCGGUUCUGUUCCCGCCCCGCUUGUGUUCGGUGCGCUGGUGGACCAGGCGUGUUUACUGUGGGACCAGAACUGUGACCAGAGAGGGGCGUGUCUCCUGUACGACAACGCCUCCCUCAGCACCUACCUGGCUAUCCUCAUGACGGCUGUAGCCGCGUGGGCAUUUCCUUGUGCCUGUCUCGCUCUAUUCUUCUGGAAGCGCAAGAAAGCGCAGGGAGCAUACGAAGUUGAGAAGGAGGAAAAUGAAAAAGAAAUAUAGUUCUCUCCCAUACAUAUAAGCUCUUUCGCAUAUGCUAAGCUCUUUCGAAAGAGGCAGUGAAAAUAAGGUAUUGUUUUAAUCAAAUUUGAUUUUUUUAAAAGUUUUAUCCCAAUUCCCUUACAAAAGACAAUGUACGUCGACGGUGCUCAAUACCAAUUAAGAAAAUUUAGUUUCGUAAUACCCCCAUCACAUUAGGCGAAAAUCGAUCGGACGACGAGUCUGCGAGCCGACGAGGAAAUGGCAGAGUUCCCCCU